CUUUUUCAUUUCCUUUAUUUAUCCUUUUUUUUUUAUAUUUUAUACGGUUUUUCUCUUUUUUUUACUUGAAAAAGAAAAGGAGCUUUUUUAAAACAACUUUUUCGAUUAUGUCAGCAGCUGAAAACCAAACUAUCAACAGUUCCAUGGUAGAUACUUUACCUUCACCACCCUCACAAUCCAAGACUUCAAUUGGAAGCCCAAUGACAAAAGAUCAACUUCGAUACUGUGCAGCCAUCAUACGAAACUUGAAGAAGCAUCGAGAUGCAGCACCAUUUUUAAAUCCAGUAGAUUAUGUCAAAUUAAACGUCCCUGAUUAUCCAACAGUUAUAAAAAAGCCCAUGGAUCUUUUACUUGUCGAUCAGAAGCUUAGUAGAAAUGAGUAUGCGACUGUGGAUGAAUUUGUAGCUGAUGUGAGAUUGAUAUUCAAUAAUUGCUUCAAAUACAACGGUCCUGAAGCGAUGAUCUCUGUGCUCUGUCAAAAUGUCGAAUCAGCAUUUGAAAAGAGUCUUAGACAGAUGCCACCUCAUACAAAGGAAUUAUCGCCUCCUAUCAGUCAGAAUAACUCUCCUUAUGAAGAAACAGUCGUACAUGAAUACUACGAGUCAAGGCCAAAACGAGAGAUUCAUAUGCCAUCCAAAGACUAUCCUGAGCCUUACACUGCACCUGCAACCUCAAAGGCAAUGAAAUAUUGUAUGCAGACACUGAGGGAGAUGAAGAAGCAGAAAUACAAGCAUUUAUCCUAUCCUUUCUUAUAUCCAGUCGACCCAGUGGCACUCAACAUACCGGAUUAUCCCACCAUUGUGAAGUGUCCUAUGGACAUGUCGACCAUUGAACAAAAGCUGAAUCGAAAUGAAUACAAGUCUCCUGAUGCGUUUGCUGCUGAUAUCAAGCUGAUGUUUGAUAAUUGCUACCUCUACAACCCUUCUCAUUUGCCCAUCUACCAAAUCGCUAAACAAUUUGAAGCCAUCUUUAACGAGAAAUGGGCACAGCGUCCCAAAGAAGAACCACAACCUCCUGCAAAAAAGCCAGCUUCACGAAGAUCUUCAACAAAGCAACAACAACCAGCGGCAUCAAGUGAUGAGGAUAAGAUAGCUGAACUAGAAAGACACAUUGCUAAUAUAUCGCAGCAGAUUGAAUCGAUCAAAUCUUCAUCUAAAAAGAGCACAGCCUCCCGAAAGCGUUCGACACCUUCAGACAAGACAAAGAAGGAAACGACGCCCAAAAAGAAGAGAAUGACAAAAUACAGAGAGGUCUCGAGCGAUGAGGAGGAUGAGGUUAUGUUUACAUUUGAACAAAAGAAACAGCUGAGCGAGAGUAUCAAUAAUCUGUCAGGCGAUAGUCUGAACACAAUCGUUCAGAUCAUUCAGUCAUCUAUGCCAAACUUGAGUAGUCAGGGUGAAGAUGAGAUCGUGUUGGAUAUUGACUCUUUGGAUAUAAAAACGUUAAAGAAACUACACGAAUUUGUAAAUAGUGGAACGGCGUCUUCUGGAAAGAAGGCGGUUCGAAAAGAGCGUCACCACAGUGAUAGAGGCUCUUCAAGUGAUUCUGAUAAUAAUAAUAACAAUAAUAAUA